AUGGAGCGGCACACAGUAUGGACAUAUGACCCUUUUCACAGAGAGGAUUUUCUAAGCAAGGUGGAAGACAUAUUCGAGAGUCGAUUUGGACCCAUUAUGGCUAGUGUGAUGGAAGUUAAAAAUUUCCCAGGCUGUCUACAAGAAGACGGUUAUAGCUGCGGACUAUUGGUUGUUCUCUGGUUCGAACAUUACAUGUCUAUCGCUCGAGCUACUCCACCCGACCAGAGCAUUCCUGUUACUCGCGGCAACAAAAUGCACCCCGACGAGCUGAUGUACAUGCGUUUCAAGCAUUUUUCCAACGUAUUUGAUCGCGUAGUGGCAGACGCAGACAUCCACCAAUAA